AUGCUUACUCACAAGAGCACAGGCAUCCGCUCUCACUUACGGAAAAUUGACACGGCCCGCACAUUUGGCGAUGCUGGAUUCCCUGCUCAUGUCAGCUGCUGCACCGCGUGCUUGAAUGACUAUGAAACUUUGUUCAAGGAGCUCUUCUGUGUAGCAGCUAGUGACCUAGCAGCUACAAUACAAGUACCGCUCACAGAUCUCGGCGUGUUGUUCGACGACGUUGUGAGUACGGGCACCUUGAAGCCUCAGGCCCGCUUAAAGUCAAUUGUUGGGAUAUCACGUCGAAAGAGCGCGAUGGACCUUGAGACGGGUAAUACUGACUGGUUUUCGGCAUAUGGACAAGGGAAACUCCUCUUCACUGUUCGUCAAGUCUCCAAACCAGAGUUCAAUCACCUUCAAGGAUCUGGCUUCAGCUUUACCAAUCCAUCGAAUGUCAUUGACCAUUUAUCUCAGAGCAUGCAGAUAAAUCCUGACGACUUUCAAUCCCGCUUGAAUAGGAUGCGAGACUACGCAAACUGCGAGCGUAUUCUGGAGCCUGGAGUCCAUCUGGCAUGUUUCGCUUUACGGCCGUUCAUUCAACGAGGGUUCGAUGUCUUGGUAAGGAAAGAUGCUCGCAAUCUACUCCCAACUGUGAAGCUACCAAUGCCUAAGCUCGACUCGACUUAUCUGAAUCUUCUUACUCAAUUGGAUGGGAUGACAGUAGCCAACUGCUGCGAGACCAUUCGUAGCCGAGCUGCCUUCAGCGAUGAGUGCGAACAUCAGUUUUUCUGUCACCUUCUCAAAGGUAUCAUCGACCUGUCAAACAUCGUUGGUAGUGACUACUUGGAAGAAGCACGCCUCGUCGCCAAACCUUUCAGAGCCCCUGACUCAGCCUGGGGUUCCUCUGGUGAAGCAACAAUUAUAGCAUUCAGGACCAUCAUCGAUAUUCACGAACUCACAAAGACUACGGAUGACUACGAAUUCGCGCCGCUAAAAUUCUUCAUGACUCAACAGCAUACCUAUCCAGGUUCGCCAGACAUUGAAAUCUUUGCUCGCCGUAUCCACCGCGAAUUUGAGCACAUCUUGAGAGAGAAUCGAACGCGCCAGGGAGUGUCACUAGCCAUCGUUCUUCAUACAACAACACUCGGAGCUCGAAGUCUUUCAAGUCACACUCUCCUCCUCUUGGUCACAGCAGGCUCGCCCGACUCAAAUCUCUCAGCUGUGCAACCUUGA